AUGCUUUACUGGAAAAUCAGCUCAAGACUUAUUCAGCAGUGCUGCCUGAAGCAAGUGCGAGCAAGAGACAAGAGUCCAAUCCUACUGAGCCUUACGUUGGCUGCCAUAGUUCAUUCGACAUAUAUCUUAGUGCGGCCUGUAGCAUGGGUACCGAGUAAGUCUCGCCAAAAUGAAAGUCUCAAGAAAGAAUGGGUAACUUUGUUUUCAACCUCCUCCCAAGGGAUUUGCGAGCUUGCAAGCAGAUAUCGCGGUCGCGAUGACUGUCUAUACCGUUCCAUGCACUGUGGGUCGUUCAACUUCAGCAUCCGCCUUCAUUGGGACGAUGGUGGGCCAGAAUGGUUGAUUCGGUUUCCUAUAUCUGGGAAAUCAAUGAUUCUGGACGAAAAGGUUGAGAACGAAGCUGUUUUGAUGAAGUACAUCGCCAAGAAAAAACAGAUCCCUGUCCCGCGUAUUGUGGCAUACGGACGGGCAGCGGACAACCCUACCGGGCUGGGUCCGUUUAUCAUCAUGACCUGGGUAGAAGGGAAAAAGAUGUCUGAUGCCCUCCGCAGGGGUGGUGGCACGCCGGAGAAGGAGGAAGCACUCGAUCCGCACAUCGACCUGCAAACGUUGAAGACUCUCUACGGGGAGAUGGCGGACAUUCUACUUGAGCUGUGGAGCCUAGAUUUCGAUUCGAUCGGAAGUCUCCAUGAGGACAAAAAGAGUCCACAGCGGCCAUUGAGAGCACCCACCUGGAAAGGCAGCGGAACAGUGUCUGCGAUACGAAUGACUGUCGGGAGAACCGACAACUACGGUCCGUUCAAACUCUUCUGCGACGACCUAUGUCCUGGGAAUGUACUUGUCGAUGACUCGCUCAACGUGACAGGAGCCAUUGACUGGGAGUUUUGCUACGCCGCUCCUGCCCAGUUCGCAGGGAAAUGCUUCCUGCAGGCACUGGAGCUGAGAGAUGAGGCUAAAGGGCUGGACAUGGAGGUUGAUCGACUGUCCGUGAGAAUGAGGGAAUCUAUCAAAACCAAGAGCGCAUGGUUCUACCUAGCGUGUCGGUCAGUCACGUCUGUCUAUCUCUUGUACUGGGAUCUCCUUGAUGAGCACUGCUGGGGUGAGCGCUCUUCAAUCGCGGAAAUGGUUCGUUCUUUCACCUCGAACAACAGACUACACAAGGGCCGUGAAGAGUUUGUACGAUCAAAAAUUGUGCAGCUGCAAGAUUAUUCUGCGGAACUAGGGGAGGAGACUGAUGUGGUGUAUGAGGAAGAGGAAGAGCAGCAUCGAGCUGAGUGCGAGAAUGAUUAUGUUGAUGUUAGCAUACCUCCGGAAAAAGCAAACCUGAGUAGUAGCCCCUCUGACUCUCCUGACUUCCUCGAAACCUGGGGUUUUGGAGGCAAAGACACGAAGCAACUGGCUACUGCAGCUGCUGUGACGUGUUUGUUCAUUGUUGGCUUGGCAUGGAGACGUUUGCGCGCCUGA